AUGCAAUCCAUAACAAGUCUUCAACUUCGCCUCCGCCUCUUCCUCCUUCUCCUCCUUCUAUUCUUCGUAUUAUUACCCAUGGUAUCAAGCUUCAUAUCGGCAAACGAAAUUGCUCAAAUCCACCUUUUUCUCAGAGAAGAAGAAAUCCCAGCAGGCAAAGUUGUUCUUAGCGCCUCCCGGGCUUUCAAACUUGCGAGGGAGUAUGCUAAGCGUGGGGUUUCUUCAGUGAUAAUUGAGGGUCCUAUGGAAUCCCCGCACGAACUUCAUCAACAAGAUGCGCCUUUUAAUACAUCAUUCGAAUAUCCUAUUUUCAAUAUGAACAGACUAACAGGAUUAUUAAAAACGGCCAAAAGGCUUGAUUUCGAUGACGCAGAAUUACAUGAUGCCGGAUGCAUACUGAGCGAAACGGUGCUACCUAUUCAAUUGACUAACCAAAGGUCACCGAGUUAUGUUGCCAACACCCCGUACUGCUGUUUUCCAAUUCAGAUUUUUAAUUCUUGCCAAGACAUCUUAAAUGUGGAUAUUUGCGUGGAAGAUAUAAACGACAAUGCGCCAAAGUGGGACUUGGAAUCCCCUCAAAAGAAUGAUUUGGAACUCAUACUCAGAAUUCCCGAGAAUAUGCCAGUGGGGAAUUCACUGGAACUCCCUUCAGCAGUUGACCUUGACUCUGGGCCGAACAAAUUACUCACCUAUGAAAUGCGGCCAAAGCUACCGGAAUUUGAAGUAGUGUGGAAUGAUACUUCUAGCAGGCUCCAUCUUUACUUGAAAGUGGAACUAGACAGAGAAGAGAAGUCUUACUACAGUUUCACAAUUACUGCUUUUGACGGUGGGAUUAAGCCCAGAUCAGGCUCUCUAGACGUCAUCAUCCAGAUACUGGACGUGAAUGACAACAGUCCGGUGUUCGAGAAGAACAUCUACUUCGUGUCAAUACCGGAGAAUACAAAAGCGCUAAUGCCUAUUGUCCAGGUCGUAGCAGUUGACAUUGACCAUGGUGAGAAUGCAGAAGUCGCGUACACAAUCAGCCCACUAACAGACCCGGAGUUUGCCCAACUGUUCGUCGUCGAUUUGAGCACAGGUUGGAUUACACUGAAGGGAAAAUUGGACUUCGAAGACUAUAAAGAGGCAUGUAUCAGCCUGACAAUAGUCGCUUCUGACAAAGGCGAUCCUCCGAGACGGUCUACUUGUCAAGUGCAGAUGGUAGUAACCGACAUCAAUGAUAAUGCACCCCAACUGCUUUUCGAACCAAUUAGUCUGACAGGCUUUGCAUUGGUGCCGGAAAAUGAAAAUCCAGGAAGAGUAGUCUCAGUCUUUACUGUUAUUGACGAAGACAGUGGAGUCAAUGGCGAGACUGUGUGCUGGGUUGCAUCAAUUUUCAGGAAUGAAGACGAUUUGCUGAGGGACAAAUUGGGACCUGAUUCCCUCUUUAAACUUGACCUCAUAAUUCUACCUUUUACAAAAGUCUACCAAUUGUCUACAGCGGCCGUAUUCGACAGGGAAUCUGGAAACGAAUAUCGCGUUGGCAUAACCUGUUCAGAUAAGGGCUACCCUAGUCAGAAUUCUACGGAUCACGUUAUUGUUCGAAUCCUUGAUGUGAAUGACCAUGCACCUGUGUUCCCAUUCAAACACUUCACCUACAGAGCGAUCGAAAGCUACCCUCUCAAUACAACGCUAUUCACUUUAACGGCAAUAGAUUUGGACGAAGGUAAGAUGCCGACAUUUGAGGAAUUAAAAGAGGAUUUUAUUCAGUUCUUUAAAAAAUCUUUAUUUCUAGCUGGAUAUUCUUCAACUCUCCUAUCACCACAGGACAACAUUUUCACUAUCAAUAAUGAGACGGGCGAAGUUAGUCUGAGUCAACCCUUGGACUAUGAAAAACAAACGCAGCACAAUUUCACCAUUGUUGCAGUGGAUGGAGGUAGUCCCGCCUUGACCGGGUCCAUCACGGUGACACUGUUCGUCGAUGAUGUCAAUGACAACGCGCCGAUUUUAACUUCUGACCGCUUUAUAUCUAUUCUAGAGAACCAUUCAGCAGGGGCCAUCCUGAUUGAAGCCGAAGAGUGUACACAUUAUUCCACCGACCUCAUAGAGUCGCUGAAAGGAUGGCUAGGCAGCACAGCUUACUUCUUGUUAAUUUUAGCGGACCCUAUAGGUGCCCUCAGGGCUACUGACUACGAUUUAGGACCCAACGGGAAUAUCUACUUUAAACUUACUUCAAUCAGACCCUGUUUCUGCGGCAUUCCUGGGACAGAAGAGAAGACGCCAGAUAUCACGGAAUCACUCUGUUCGUGGGCCGUGGAGUUGGUUAACAAGUGUGAUGUGCAAACAGUUAAAAAAGCCUACCGGUUGUGCAGCCGAAUUCCGAUGAAUCAUGCCCCUUCAUGGGCUUCAAAAGAGUAUCGGAGGUAA